AUUCCUCAGACCAAAAAGAAAGACAGAUCUAGUUGGUAGAGCAGAGACUACUUGAGAAUCUCCAUAGAAUGCAAUGCACAAUAACUCAUCUUUAAUCAAUGGUUUUCAUAUUUUUCAAGUUAUAGUUUAAACAUUUGCAUUGCAUAGUUUUUCCUGGCUGAAGCUGUAAGUCAAAAAACUUUUACUUUUUCUUUUUGUUAAGAAGAGUUCGUCUCACUGGGCGGAGAGAAAGUAUCUCCAGAGUUUGUAGGAGGUUGACACACGGUACAAUGGAUCUUCUUUUGUUGACAGCGUUUAGCACCUGGCUGGCUCCUGCACUGGGAUCAGCAUUUGGCAGGGAAGUUUUUGCUUCAGCAGCAGAUGACGACAAAGAAGACUACGACGUUUCUUUUCAUUAUGAUUAUGAAUCUCUGAGAAUCGGUGGCCUGGUUUUUGCAGUGGUACUGUUCCUCAUGGGCAUCGCUCUCAUUGCCACCAGAAAAUGCACUUGCUCAAAGAGUAACGAGACACGGCCCAGGGAUCCUGAUGUAGAAACCAAUCGUGUGAGAGACAGUAAUGAUCAAAAAUGAUUGGUACACCGAUAGACCAUGAGCUGUGGAAUUCUGGUGGCAGCAAAUACACUGAUCAAAGCUGAAGACAAUCUUUCUAUGGACAUGGACAACUUUCUUCGAUUUCAUAAUGUUACUACGCUCCUUUUUACAGUUUUGUAAUGUUUUUAAUCAGAAAAUGUUGCUAGAUAAUGUGCCAACUUUAUAUGAAGGUAAUAGUGUACCAAGUGCAAUAAAUAGUUUUUUUUUUGACUGUGAGAUUCAUGCAAAAUAAAUUUUCAAUAAAUAUGG